GUUGGUAGGAACAAGCUAAUUAAAAGAGGAGGGUGUGUGUGUGUGUGUGAGAGAGCGUGUGUGUGUGUGUGUGGAGGAUUUGGAGACGGAGACGUUGGAGCUGCUGCCGUCUCUCACGCUUCACCGUGGGGGAGAGUAGAGGAGGAAGAAGAGAGGACAGCUGGAUGGUUUUUUCACACCACUUACUUACACCAUCAUCUGAUCUGACAUGACCACCGCAUAGGAAUCUGGUGCAAACGAGACGAGGAUUAGGAGACAGAGAGCCGGACAGAGGGACGCUCGGAGAAACACAGAGAGAGAGGGAUGGCUAUGGAGGAGAAGCCGGGAGUGAAGAGCAGCAGCUCCAUCGUCCCCUGCUUCCUGUUUGUGGAGCUGGUGAUCAUGGCUGGGACGGUGCUGCUGGCUUACUACUUCGAGUACACGGACACUUUCCCCGUCCACAUCCAGGGCUUCUUCUGCUACGAUAAGACCUUCUCCAAGCCUUACCCCGGGCCGGAUGAAGGCAGCAAGACCCCCCCCCUCCUCAUCUACUCGCUGGUCACGGCCAUCCCCACCGUCACGAUUCUUGUUGGAGAGCUUUGUGCAUUCUUCACCAAGGCGGAGGGAACCCAGGAGAAAACCAUUGUCACUGCAGACUGCUGCUACUUCAACCCCCUGCUGAGACGCAUAAUACGUUUCCUAGGUGUCUAUGCCUUCGGUCUCUUCACCACCACAAUCUUCGUGAAUGCCGGCCAGGUGGUGACAGGAAACCAGACGCCUCACUUCCUGUCUGCGUGUCGACCGAACUACACGGCGCUGGGCUGCCAGUCGACCAUGCAGUACAUCGCAGAGCGCCGGGCCUGCACAGGGAACCCUCUGGUGGUCAUGUCUGCACGGAAAUCUUUCCCCUCCAAGGAUGCAGCGCUCAGCAUCUACUCUGCAGUCUACACAGUGAUGUAUGUGACUCUGGUGUUUAAGACCAAAGGUACGCGGUUGACGAAGCCCACCAUCAGCCUCACUCUGCUCUGCCUGGCUGUUUUAGUGGGGGUGGUCCGAGUGGCUGAGUACCGAAACCACUGGGCCGACGUCCUGGCAGGAUUCUUCACCGGGGGAUCCAUCGCUGUGUUUUUGGUCACCUGUGUGAUAAACAAUUUCCAGCAGAUGUUGCCGAGUCCUCCUCCACUUCGACCCCAUCGCCCCGAGUCCAUGCUGGGGAUGCCGAUGGUGACGCUGCCCUGUGUCGAGAGUCCACUCGAAAAGUUAAGUGGCCCUCAGUAUCCUGCACUCUCCACCUCCUCCCCACCUUACAACACCUACGUCCAACCAUUCUAACCAACUUUGAAUCUCUUCCUCACUCCUCACUUUCUCCGCCAUCCGUCGCCUUAUUUCUGUUUUUGAUGCUCUCCUUUUCCUCCUCAUCCUCGUACAUUGCUCUUGAUUAUUCUUUCCCCCCCUCUCCCCCUGGCCUUCUCUCUCUCUCUCUUUCUCACUCCUCUCUUUCCCCUGCAGACUCCGAGGGGAUCUCCGUUCACCGAGAUCACAUGACCAUCAGCCCUAUCGGUUCCCCGCAACCCCCGAUGUCCUCAUACCGUCUCGCUCCAUUUCCAGCGAAGUCUAGACCAGGCGGAGCAGCACUCUCCGCUGUGCGCCGCCCAUCCGUCCGGGCGAUACGCCACGCUGCACCGCUCCUACUCCACGCAGGUCUAGAACUUCCCUGGAUACCGAACAGACGUCCCUAACGCCCUCCUAAACCCCCGGGGAACCGAUAGGCACAACUAAAAAAUACUUUCUCUUUGCUGCACAAGCAAAGAGCCGAACAUCAAGUACAGAGUCAGGUACUUCUUUGUUUAAGCGUUCGAAUAUUCUGACUUUGGUUGUUUUUGUAUCAUCUUCAGUGGCGCGCUCCUGCAACGAAAAACACAUCAAACUGUGACCACUGAGAAUGUCCGUCCAUUUUUUGGUUUCGAAGCAAUGGUGAGUUUUCGACCGUUUAACGGAGUGAGAGUGAACUCACUGUAUGCGAUCAGGAUGUUGGACCAAAGAAACCUGCUGAAAGACACGUGUGCUGCUGAGAUUUACACGAACAAUGCAUCAUUUUAGCAAGCCAUACACACCCUCACACACACACACAUGUGCUGUGUCUCAAUUUGAAAACUUCCCAUUGUACACAUUGCGUGAAUUUCGAGCGCUGUUAGCUCGCUAUCUAGCAACAAAUAGUUUGUGCUAGAAAAUCAUCAUACACACUGCUCAAUUAAUCAAAUAAAAUUAACGCUGGCAUCUUUUGAAUCCAAUAUAGUUGUACAAUACUUGCAUUUCAACAAGAUGUCAAACUUGUAUCUGUAUAGUGCUGUGUUCACCGGAGCAACCAUAUCCACGGCUAGUCACGCAACAUCCGCUACGUUGCCAAGAAGGCGUGUCUACGGUAAUACACUCAACUUCUGGGCAGUUAUAAGUGCACAUCUGUGUUUUCAUAAUGCAUCUUACCGCACAUACAUGGGGACGCACUGAUGCACUCAAGCACAUGUAUUUACAGAAGUACUUAAAUUGAGACACAGCUAUGCACACUCUCUGUCCAUUGGUCUCUUUCUUUCAUUCUCUCUUCUUAUCUCAUUCCAUUUACACUCAACUUUCA